GCCGCCCGGGCGGGACGGAGGCCUGAGCUGGUGCGGCGUCCUGUGCGGCCUUCCCGGUCCGCGCUCCCGCUCCGCCAUGGCCCCCAAAGGCGCCUCCAAGCAGCAGUCCGAGGAGGACCUGCUGCUGCAGGACUUCAGCCGCAACCUCUCGGCCAAGUCGUCCGCGCUCUUCUUCGGGAACGCGUUCAUCGUGUCCGCCAUCCCCAUCUGGCUGUACUGGCGAGUCUGGCAUAUGGACCUCAUCCAGUCAGCUGUGCUCUAUAGCGUGAUGACCCUGAUCAGCACCUACUUGGUGGCCUUCGCCUACAAGAACGUCAAGUUUGUUCUCAAGCACAAGGUAGCACAGAAGAGGGAGGAUGCUGUUUCCAAGGAAGUGACUCGGAAACUUUCGGAAGCCGACAACAGGAAGAUGUCUCGGAAGGAAAAGGACGAAAGGUUGGACUCUUACGGUGUUUGUGGUCAUCGGAAGAGGAAUGCAAUCUUGUGGAAGAAGAAUGAAGUCGCUGAUUACGAAGCUACAACAUUCUCCAUCUUCUAUAACAACACUCUGUUCCUGGUCCUGGUCAUUGUAGCCUCCUUCUUUAUUUUGAAGAACUUCAACCCCACAGUGAACUACAUUUUAUCCAUCAGUGCUUCCUCCGGACUCAUCGCCCUCCUGUCCACUGGCUCCAAGUAGACCACGGCAGCUUAGUCCCCGGCUCUGUAGCCGCGGGUGGCCUGCGGUACAGGGUGGUCAGGGUGGGAGGCACACAAGAUGUUUUUCUAGUCUGGAGUUUGAGGGCUUAUUUAAAAAACUCUCCAGAAUGUAAUCCAGUAUUUGUUUAUUGGCUCUUUUUGACAGUUGUUUAAAUUAAAUAAUCAAAAGGGAGACUCCAAGUACCAGGACAUUUAUUAAAAGGCAAGAAGUAUCUCACAAUGUGUAAUAAUUACACAAGUGGGGAAAGUCACUCGUUUCCUUGGUCUGUCAGAGGUCACUGUAACCUGGGUGAGGCUGUUAUUAUUUAUAAUAGUAGCAAGAAGUUAAUAACAGGUUCUCUGUGUUCCCAGCACAGUAUUAUGACUUUGUAGAAACCAUAAAUAUCAGAAUGAAUCCUCUUCCCAGGGGACUGGACAGAAGCUUCGUGUUGACACCUCUCUGAAUUUCUCAUUUGAAGUAACUCAAUAUUAAAAAUGUGGUUUUUCUAAUUUGUGGAUGCAAAA